GUUUGACGUGUGUGGACGUUUGCAUGAUCAAAUGAGCAAUCCUGUUUCCCGGGUUUUCGCAAGAAGGGCCUCACAUCUCAAGGCGUGUGCUCUCGAACCCAGAAAGCUUCGCGCAGCAUCACCCCAUUCGCGUUUGUCGAACCUCUGCCAGUUCAACUCUUUGUCCCAGAAGAACCUUGCCUUCAAACCUCCAGCCAUGGGCUCUGACGAGGACUACGCCGCGUUCCUCGAUAAAGCCAACCAAGAUGUCUCGGGUGGUGCCUCCGCACAAUCGGCAACCAAGUCCAGACCUAAGGCGACGAAUACAUCCGUGCCGUCGUCUCUACAGAAGAUAGAGGCAUACUACACAACUGACGCCGACGAGCCUUUCGAGCCAGUGUCGCUGAAAUGGGAGGGCGACGGGAUACCCUCGGCAAGUGACUUCAGUGACCUCAUAGAUGCCAAGGCAGAGAGUAUCAGUGCGAAGGAGUUUGAUCCCGCAGGUCAGUAUGCAGAGCUCAUUGAGGCCGUGAAAAAGGAAGGCUGCGGCGAGGUAGGAUAUUUCAGGGUAGCGCUGGGCGGAACGAGGAGCGAAGUCUGGGUCGUGAGUGCAAACGGAAAGGGGAAACUGGUCGGGCUGAGAGCUGUUGCUGUGAUGUCGUGAGGAUGCCGAUCUUGAAGGCGGCGUGGGAGAAGUGUCGUGUCUUGUGGCACGGAGAAAAGACAGGGAUUAAAUAGCUAUGCUGUGUACCGGGAGUAUUCCCUUUGGCUAGCUAGAGACUCUAAAUCUUGUUACGGCCAUCAUGUGUGUGGUAUUGCGACUGGAAGAACGUGAGGAAAUACACGCAAAAUUUGUCGGCUCAGAGGGCUUAGUGUUUGUACACAGGAACUUUAUGAGACGCUCCAUCCAUAGUAUGUUGGAUUAGCCUCUGAAUCGCCAUUCGGUAACUCUUCAAAUACGUCCAGUCAUUUGAAGAAUCCAGUCCAGCCUCUCUAUCGCUUUUCUUGUCUUUCAUUGCCGGAGUAGCCUAGAGGAGCAGAGCGGUCGUCAUCCUUCCGUCGCCACGACUCAUUCGAAACAUUUUUUUG